GGCGGUAACGAGUAAGAGGGAAGUAAUGGUCAAGUCUCUAAAUGAUUUAAAUCUCACUGGUCUAUUCUCUUUCUAUGGUGUGGUCACCUUCAUCAAGGUUCCUCAAAAAACAAGAGGGCCAGACUAUAGCAUGACUCUCCGAGUCACAGAUCCAACAUGGAAGGAUGACCCCCUAUGCUGCCUCCUUUUUGGGAAGACCUUGGAAUUUUUCCCCAAAGUUGAAAGACCUGGAGAUCUUGUGCGAUUCCAUCGAGUCAGAAUGAGCAGAUAUAAUGGGAAGCUACAAUGCCAAUCAGCGCCAGGUUUUGCUGCAGUCGUUUUCAAGGAUGGUUUGAGUGAUCCUAUCGCUACAACCAAACAUUUUUCCUUUGCUGAUGAAGAAAAGAAAAUUGUGAAAAACCUCCAAGAAUGGGCAAGGAAACAAACAUUUGCAUUUGCUGGUGCCAGACUCCCUGGUCCACCUGACCAUGAUGAUUAUACCAUUGACUGUAUUGCGAAUAUCAAGAUGAAGAAGUAUUUUAAUCUAAAGUGUCAGGUUAUAGCGAUAAGGGAGUUUGAUGACACUCAGGUUAACUUCAAGGUGUGGGAUGGUACGAAACCUCCGAAACGGACAGGUGAACCUGGCAAGGAUUUGUCGGUGCCAGUGGCUGAGAUGCUACCGGUUACUCACCCAGAACUCUUGUGGGAAGAAGAUUUGAAGAAAGGUCUUAAAGAUUUGCAGAAAUACAUUGUGGAUGUGACAGUAUUUGAUGAUCAUGUUCCAGCCUCUUUGAAAAUCAAGCCAGGAGAUUUCAUACAAUUUACGAAUCUUCAUUCCCUGGUUCCGGCAAGUAAAUGGGGUAUGCCUGCUGCCCCCCACAUUGAGCUUUGUUUACAUUACGGCAAGACGUUCAACCGUGGAUUACAGCCGUUGACUGCUGAGGAAUCAAAAAUGCUCGAGGAGAGAAUGAAGCCUAUUUUGAAAAGCAGAAGAGGAAACACAAAUGAUGAUGGAACUCCCCGAACUAGAACAUUGGUAAAAUCUCCAACGAUGUCGGAAUUUUCAGUCAAUACGUAUUUCAACUUCAGGUGUCAGGUUGUGGCAAUGUGGCAUAUGUCUCCCACCCAAGUUGUCUUGAAGGUCGUUGACGGCACCAAACCACCAGCUCAUCUGACGUUUUUAGAGGUGAUGCCAAAUGAUCCCGAAGAUGUAACAUGGUUUGAGGAGGCAAGAUAUUGUGUUGGUGGCCACACACUGGACAUAUCCAUCUUUGAUGACCAUGCUGAACAAAUUGAUAAAAUAGAUAUUAAGCCUGGUGAGCUUGUCUUGUUGAGGAACCUCCAUGUCUUCCUUCCGAAAAAGAAAGAUGGCCAACCAGAUGGUGCAUCUGCCGAAGCAAUCGAGAUAUGUCUACACGGAGGAAAAUCCCAUAACCGAGGGCUGUUCAGGACUAUGCCAUCAGCUGGAUUAGAAAUCAUACGGAGAGUUGAAUUUCUCAUGAAGAAGCUGUCCGGUCAGUUAAGUGACAGUUGCUUUGAUCAAAGCCAGAGCCAAUCCCAGCACCCAAGUCAAGAAAACGCUGUGAAUCCUGAACAGGUGGUCAAAGACAGCCAGGAGCCUAGCACAAGCUGGCUGGGCCCUUCCCCAAGGAAACGCGCCAAGAUUUUCAUGGAGCCAUCAGACUUUAGGUGUAAGACUACAGUGGAAGAGAGCCUCGAGGUUGACAGUGAACCAUCCGUAAGAACCACAAGAUCGUCUGCUGAAAAAUCGAUUCACGACUCUGCGAAGAAAUUAGAUGCGAAGGAAAACGAUCGUUUGGUUCGUCUGAAGUCUCCUGCAGCAAAACGGACGGACAGACCUGUUGUGUCUGAUUAUGAGCAGACGGACAAAUCUUCUACAAGAAAAGCACUUUCAGAACCAUUGCCGUCCAGUCAGUUGGCUGUGUCUACUAUAGCCAAGUGUACAAAGCUACGGAAGGAUGGAAACUUCGACAAACUGAUCAGAAUCAAAGCUCGUGUUGCUGACAUUUCAACUGAAUAUGCAUCAAAAGCCUUCAUAUUAUUUUGCAAGAACUGUAAUUUCAUGUCCCAUUUUCCUCAGAAGCAACACCGCCUCAUUCCUUCAUCCAACUCUGAUGCCAGAACAAAGAUUCUUGACGACAUCUUUGCAUCUGUAGCAACUGAUCACCAACAGGAAUUGGUCUACUAUGAACUGAAAUGUGCCAGUGUUGAUGACUUCGAACUUUUGCAAGAUAUGCUGUUUAUCAGGAAGGCUAAGAGGAUGUUCGAACCGGGAGAAAGGCUUACUGGUACAUCAGUAUGCCAUGGUGCUUGGAUGGAAGUUAUGAAUGCCCAGCAACAACAAUCAGAUGGUUCAGUGAAAUAUGUGUGUCCAAUAUGUUCUGAUGGCCAGUCAGCAGGAAGUUUAUUGAACCGGAUGUUUCUGGUGACGUUUACUGUUCACGACUUCAGUGGAGACAUGCAAGUUGCCUGGAUUAAAAACAUGGACAAGUUCUACAGGCAACCGGACUUGGAUGACACCCCAACACCUGAGGAUCUGACGAAAGCCUACACGUUACUUUCCACGAUGACGUCACUGGAUAAACCAUUAUUUGAGCGCCCUCUUUUAGACCUGACACUAGAAUUGAUGAAGAAGGACGACGAAACACAAGCAGGGGCUAAAAUUGUCAAGUGUUGUGGUCGGUCUAUUAAUAUGACACUAAACAGUGACACUGAAUGAACCGGGUGUUUCAGAAAAUUACUAAUGAAAUUUUGCCAAUGUGCUAACUGGAUAAACCAUUAUCGGGGCAACCUUUCGUGGUCUUGAUGGACUUCUGCUGAUGGAGGACCAAGACUAUUCUGCAUUUUAUGUCAAUGUUCAUACAUUAUGCAUUUCAAACUUUAUAUUUAA